CGGUCUCCCUUCCCUUAGAACCACAGCUGCUGGUGGACCUCCAGCCUACUUGGAAACCAUGCAGGAAGGAAGAACUGAGAUCAUGCAGCAGGGAUGAGGUCACCCUGCUUGCCUGUGUCCUAAGGGCCCUAAAUCUCUGCACCCACUGGGCAGGAUUUGUCUUCUGCAUCCUCUGCCAUUGGAGGGCCAAGUGGCCACCAGGGGGCACCCUGUGGCAAGUGUACCCCACCUUUCCCCAGGGGUGGAGGCUGGGCUGGUGGCGUCCCUGGAAUGGGCCAGCAGGGAGGAGGAGCAAACUGAAGAAAGGAAGUGCCUGUGUAUCUGGCUGUCCAGCCCAGGACCAACCGUACAAACUUAUCUGGUGGCCAGUUGGGGUUCCCUGGGACAGUGACUACAGCUGGGCAUGGCAGAAUCUGCACCGGUCCCGAAGCUGGUAUACCUGGUCACAGGUGGCUGUGGCUUCCUGGGGGAGCAUGUAGUGCGAAUGCUGCUGGAGCGGGAGCCAAGGCUCCGAGAGCUGCGGGUCUUUGACCUGCACCUGAGCCCCUGGCUGAAGGAGCUGAAGACCGGGCCUGUUCAGGUGACUGCCAUCCAGGGGGAUGUGACUCAAGCCCAUGAGGUGGCAGCAGCCAUGGCUGGAACACAUGUAGUCAUCCACACAGCUGGGCUGGUGGAUGUGUUUGGGAGGGCCAGUCCGGAAACCAUCCAUAAGGUCAACGUGCAGGGCACAGAGAACGUGAUUAAGGCUUGUGUGCAGACUGGAACACAGUUCCUGGUCUACACAAGCAGCAUGGAAGUUGUGGGACCUAAUGUCAAAGGCCACCCCUUCUACAGGGGCAAUGAGGACACUCCAUAUGAGGCAGUACAUAGGCACCCCUAUCCUCGCAGCAAAGCCCUAGCUGAGCGACUGGUCCUGGAGGCCAAUGGAAGGAAGGUCCGCGGGGGGCUGCCUCUGGUGACAUGUGCCCUUCGUCCCACGGGCAUCUAUGGUGAAGGUCAUCAGAUCAUGAGGGACUUCUACCACCAGGGCCUGCGCCUUGGGGGUCGGCUCUUCCGGGCCAUCCCAGCCUCUGUGGAGCAUGGCCGGGUAUAUGUGGGCAAUGUUGCUUGGAUGCAUGUGCUAGUGGCCAGGGAGCUGGGGCCGCGAGCAGCACUGAUGGGCGGCCAAGUGUAUUUCUGCUAUGACAGGUCCCCAUAUAAGAGCUACGAAGACUUCAACAUGGAGUUCCUGGGCCCCUGUGGGCUACGGCUGGUGGGCACCCACCCACUGCUGCCAUACUGGCUGCUGGUACUGCUGGCUGCCCUCAACGCCCUACUGCAGUGGCUGCUGCGCCCGCUACUGCUCUAUGCACCCCUGUUAAACCCCUACACACUGGCUGUGGCCAACACCACCUUCACCGUCAGCACCGACAAGGCGCAGCGCCAUUUUGGCUAUGAGCCCCUCUUCUCAUGGGAGGAUAGUAGGGCCCGCACCAUUCUCUGGGUACAAGCCACAGAAGGUUUGGCUCAGUGAUGGCAGGGCUGAGGCCUAGAGGCCACUGUGGCAUAUCCUCUGCAUCCUGAGAUCUCACUCUGGAUGGGUAAAGAUGGUUACUUUCCAGAGUUGGAGGCUCUGGUGCCCCGCUGGCUGACAUGGAACCCUCCCAGACUAAGCCCACAAGCCUUGGGUUUUGUUCUGGUGCCUCCAAGUUCUAGGGCAGGGUUUGGGGACAGGAGCAUCUUCAGUCUCAACCCAAGUGAGGAACUGAUGCCCAGGUGGUCUCACUACCCUAUCCCAUUUUGACCUCAAUCAGGAAGUAGCCAAAAUUCCAGAGUCCCAUACUGGUCUGGUGAUAUCUUCAGACCUGGCUCCUCCUACUUGUGCCUCUCCUAGGAGGCCCUACUUCCAUUACUUAAAAAAAAAAAAAAAGUAUCACCUUUAGAUAUUUAUCUUUUAAUUUGCCUUAAAGAAAGCUGAGGAAAUCAGUUUGUGCCUUUCCAUGUCUUGCCCCCUCUCCCAAGUUCAGCUCCUGCAUUAUUGUUGGCUCUCAGCCAGAGAAUGCCAGUAAUAUUGUACUUGGCCAAGCCUGGAUUAAACUCCUUUUCCAAGCCUGUGUUCA